UAAAGCAAAUUGUCAGAAGUAUUACGCACAGUGAUAAAAAAAAAUUAAUGUGCUCGUUACGAUGAAUAUUGAUGGACGGCCGCCUACGACGGACUGGUGAAAUUUUUAAUUGUUUCCGAUCACGUAAAUACAACGAGAUCAUCAAAAUUUCACUUCCCUAAUUUGAAAUCGAUACCAUUCUCUGCCCGUUGGGUGGGAACGAUAUAAAUACCGAACAACUCCAAAUCACAAACCAUCAAACACUCAUCAAUCCACCCGGACAAACCAAAUCCAAAAUCCAAAUAUGAACACUUUGAAGUUUGCCGUUGCCUUUAUACUGGCUGUAGCAGGAUCCAUCGAGGGGGGCUUUUUACCAGCAGCCCCUGGAAUCACCUACACUAAGGCCAUUCCGUACAACGUACCACCCUUUGCGUCGAGCAUCAGCAUUUUCAAAACAUUCCCCAGGACACAGAUCAUCGCUCCAUCUCCUGCUCUGGUGCCACCUUUCGUCCAUCAUCCUCAAGUAGCUGCUGUCGCCCCAGCUCCGAUUGUACCACACCUUGCUCCAGCUCCAGCUGCCGUCGUUCCACACUUCGCUCCAGCUGUACCACACUUUGCUCCAGCGACCGCUGCUGUCGUUCCUCAUGUUGCUGCUGCUCCAGUGGUUCCUCAUUUAGCCCCAGCACCAGUGGUUCCUCACUUUGCUCCAGCUCCAGUGGUUCCUCACUUUGCCCCAGCUCCAGUUGUUCCCCACUUUGCCGCUCCAGCACCAGUGGUUCCUCAAUUCGCUGCUGCAGUUCCGGCCGUCUACCCUCAUCAUGUAGCAGCCGCCGGUCCAGCCUACUAUCCUCAAUUCGCUAAAGUAGUUCCUCAAUUCGGAGCCGUUGCUGCUCCAGUGCCACAUGCGUACCAUCCAGGAUUCGUCGCAAAAGCCUUAGUGUAAUCGGCCAGAGCCAGUAUUAGAGCAUUAUUUUAG